CGUGGGAACCAAAGAGACCGAGAUCGUGAAAGGGCACAAGCCAGGGGCAACCACAAGUCCAAGACGCCUAAAAAUGAUGGAUUAACCCCUGAACAACGACGAGAAAGGGAUGCAAAGGCACUUCAAGAAAAGACAAAAAAGAAAGCAGCACAAGCGGCAGGUGGAUGGAAUAUUGACAAAUCAGAAAGUCAUAACAUCAAGAAGAAAUAGUUGGGAAAUGAUUAAAAGGGGGGGGGGGGGGUUUCUUGUGGGUGAAUCUGGCAUAAGUUAUGGAUUCUUGAGGUCAUUGUUCGUCGUCGUGUCAUUUCAAAUUUCUGAAACUUUUUAUUCUCAGUAAUUCUUGUGUCUGGCAUGUAUGUUUGGCUUUUGUACCUUUGAUUUGUGUCUUGAUCUGCAAUGAAAUUUCCUGUUGUGAUUA